UUCUUAUUAUACUGUUACCUUUCUCUUUUCCUUUACAAUGGUCAUUGAUGAUUCUUGUAGAAAACCUGGGGCUGUUCCCUUCAAGUGGGAGAUCCGACCUGGUGUUCCUAAAAUCCAACAACAGCACAAACAAAUGGUGCCACCUCCUAAGCUUGACCACCAACCACGUCAUUCAUCAUUGCCCUCACCGCAAAAGCUCAAACCCCCACCACCUGCCUUUCAAUUCCAUCCUCCAUCCGAGUUCCCUAGCCACUCGAUUCGGUCCACCCCGCGUGCCCAUUCUGAGCGAUGGAGGUUAGAUCAACCUGGGUGUUUCCCGACUCCGUUGCUGAUUAAACGCAAGGAAAGCAAGAGGAAGGAUCAUGUACCAAGACCCUCAUCCCAACAAGGUUGCUUUUUAGACCUUGAAACGCCUCCCCGGUGGUCAUUUACAAGCCGGAGGUCAUUUUCUCCGUUCACUGUCUCACCGGCUUCGUCAUCUUUCUCGUCCUAUAAGUCAUCGCCACGACCCGUGGUUCAUGCGGGCUUGGCCGGGUUUGGACUUUUUUAAAAGCCGUUUAGUGUAAAGCUAUUUGGCGGGAAUUAUUGUUGUGGGCUUCGAAGUUUGAAUGUUAUUUUGGUGGAGAUUUGCAAAACGACAUCGUUAUGGUCCGUGAUUAGCUCAUUUCGUGUCUAGUGACUUUUUCUUGUAA